AGGAAUCAACGCUAUGAUGCGUAAAAUAUUGAUGAAUUAUGAGUGGGGCGUUAGAAACGUGUAUAACGAUGUUAAGGGUCAUGUGACGACAUGUGAUAUCUGUCAGAGGUGUGAAGGAAAAAUAACCAAGGAACCCAUCUAUGUGCCAGCCACCAGUUGGAUAUUCCAUAAGCUGUUUGUAGACUGUAUUGGACCUCUGCCUAGGACAAGUGGGGGCCAUAAAUAUAUAGUUGUGGAUGUUGAAGACCUUACGGGGUUUAUUGAAGCCCGGCCAUUAAGGAAGAAAAAUGCAAAAUCUAUAGCUAAGUUGGUGUCGGAUCGUGGAACCGAAUUUAAGAACACCUUGGUGGAUGAGCUUACCAGCCGUUUGGGCGUUGAACAAUGUUUUAGUUCCAGUUAUCACCCUGAAGCCAAUAGAAGGGCGGAACAAACCAUACAGAAACUUACCCGAAUAUUGAGAAAGGUCUGUGCCGAAAGGCAGAAUCGGUGGCAUGAGGAUGCCAUAGCCCCAAUUGAAUUAACCCUUGACAGCUAUCAG